AUGAGUUUUUCUAACAAAAAGUUUUUGUCGUCGUCAUCAUCGCCAGGAAGAGAUUCCUUUUUCACGCGCGCGUCGUCGGACCCGUCGUUGAACCCGUCGUCGUCGUCGCAGAAUGAAGCGUCAGAGAGUUCGAAGGAAAAGACGUUCGGGAAAAAUGUGGACGUGGAGAAGUACACCAUAGAUCAGCUCGCGUUUCUUUCCAGAAAAGAACAAGGCAAAAAGGAAGGUAAAGUCAUCCUUCCCGAUUAUCACAACUGUACGAGGUGCAACGGAACAGGCAAGGAUUUUUGCAGCGCGUGCAAAGGCAGGGGAACGAAUGAUCACGACAUUACAGACGACUUCGAAUCAGACGUAUACAUAGUCGGUUCAACGGCGGAACAGUGGAACUUGAUCAAAUCGACUUUAGGAGAGUCCACGCCGUGUUGGUUGUGUCGCGGUAAAAAAAUUGCCAUAUGCAAAGAUUGCAGGGGAACGGGUUGUCGAGAUAGGGACAAGCUGUGGGUCAGGGUUUAG